CACUGUGGUUGGUCAAGACUGCAGGGGCUGAUCUCCCCACAGGAUUACAACAGCUGUUUUGUGAUGUUUCAUUUUAAUUUUUAAGGACGAGCUACUCAUUUUCAGUAUGGAGAUAUUUAUUAAUUUACCCCUGGCUUUAUGCACACUGUAUCUGUUUAUCAGUUCUGGCCUUCUUGUGAAUGCAUCUAGGAGACCAUGGACAACUGCUGGUAACAGUUGGGCUGGGAUGAGGAGGGCCAGAGCUGUAAACAGACCUACACCCGUCAACUGUAUUCUGGGGAGUUGGUCAUCUUGGACUCCUUGUACCUCGUGCACAGACAAACAGUUCCGUUUCCGAAACUUGGAGAGGCCCUCACAGUUUGGUGGCACAGAGUGCCUUGAAAUGCUGUGGGAGAAUCUGGCAUGUCCGACAGCAACCACACAGUGCAUGGUGCCAGAUUACUGUGGAGACGGCUUCACCUGUGUAGAAACUGGGCGAUGCAUCAGCCAGUCCCUUCGCUGUAAUGGAGAGCCAGACUGUGAUGAUUUUUCUGAUGAAGACAACUGUGAAAGCGUUAACCAGAGAGAAGACAAGUGUUCCACCCUGCUGCCAAUCCCUGGUGCUGAUCGUGGCACUCAGGGCUACAACAUCUUGACUGGAGAAUUUGUGGAUCAUGUAGUUGACCCAAAGUACUAUGGAGGAAUGUGUGAAUAUGUCUAUAAUGGUGACUGGAGGAAAUUCGCCUAUGACUCAUUCUGUGAGAACCUGCACUACACUGAAGAAUACAAGAACUAUAGGAAACCUUACAACUACCAUACCUACCAUUUUGUGGCCGAGGCUACGUCACAUGGCUCUCAGGAAUACUAUGAAGAUAUGACGAGCAUGCUGGAAGCGAGGAAAGAAAUGAGUUCUGUCAAUGCUGGCAUCACAGUUGGGGUCUAUGUUUAUGCAGCGGGAAUGAGUGGAAGUAAGAAAUCGGAGUUUUUGAGCAACAUAACGAAGUAUAACAACCAGGAUUUAGGGUUCGUUAGGCUUUGGUCCAAAGUUCAAACGGCCCACUUCAAGAUGAGAAGUAAUAACUUGAUGCUUCAUGAAGAUUUCUACCUUUCACUCAUGGAGCUCCCUGAGCAGUACAACUUUGGGAUGUACUCACACUUCUUCAAAACAUUUGGCACCCACUAUGUCACAGAGGGGACAAUGGGAGGAACCCUCGAAUAUGUUGUAGUUAUCAACAAAACAUCUAUGUCAGAAUCAAAGCUUGAAGCUAAACAAGUUGAGAAGUGCAUUGGUGCCGCUGUUGGUCUAACCUUUCCCCUCGACAACGUUGCGUCAGUAGAUCUCAAAGUGGGUGUGAAUCCAUGCGAGAAAGAAGGAAGCUUUGAUCAAGGCAAAGGCACCCAUUCAGCUUUGAUUGAGGAUGUUGUUACUCUGGUGAAAGGAGGGGUCACAUACAGCAGCAGUGGCCUGUUGGCUAUUAGGAACCCUGAGACCUACAGAAACUGGGGAGCGUCCCUCAAAUACAACCCAGUACUCAUCGAAUAUGAGAUCAUGCCAAUUUAUGAGCUUGUGCGACUCAGCACAGCUGCUGACCAUGUAGGUGCUCGAUUGGCCAACAUGCAGAGGGCCUGGGAUGAGUAUCUGCAGCAGUUCAACACCUGUCGCUGCAGACCCUGCAGACACAACGGGAUCCCAGUCCUGACGGGAAACUCCUGUAAAUGCAUCUGUAAAUUAUCCUACCAUGGAGAUGCCUGUGAAGAGACUCUUAGAAGAGAUGCCAAGACAGAUGGGUCUUGGUCGUGCUGGGGGGCCUGGUCAUCCUGUACAUCAGGGAGGAAGACUCGGACAAGAACCUGUAAUAAUCCAGCACCUGACGGGGGCGGAGCACCCUGCCUGGGCUCCUCCUCACAGACUCACCGCUGUUAAUUUACAUCUUCUUCAGACUCAGAUUAUUGCUAAUUCAGAAUAAUUCAGAAUAGUCUUUUUCAGUGAGUAAAACUGCUUGUUCACAACAGUUUUGUUAAUGUCUAAAACAUUAAAUAAAAUCUAUGUUACUUAUCAGGACACUCUGUAUGACAUACUGUAUUUCAAAGUAAGAAUAAGUGUAUGCUGUGCAGAUGUGGCUGUGUGUGUUAAUGUUUUUGUGUCUGAACUUCAAGCACAGUCUGUCCAUUUGAGAUGCUGAUGAUUUCAGGUCAGACAUACAUGCUAUGAUGCUACACAUGAUUUAACAUUGUUAAUAAAAUAUUCAUUGACGUUA